CAUCAGUGUUUGUGCCCCUAACCCCCCAACUGUAGGACUGCAGGUUCAUCUCCCCAGCCAUGAAAUGUUCCUUGUUGUGCCAUGGACAAUGCCGCCAUCGCUGGAGGAUCCGAGGGCAGAAGCUCGAGUCCUGCUGGAGGGCAUUAUUAAAAGCAAGCUGCAGAACUUACUGAGUAAGUUCUGGCCAAAAGCGGAGGUGCAGCUGAUCUCGUUUGAAGACAGCGAGAGGAAAACAAAAACCAAGAUCACUUUUGAAAGCUUUGAUGUUUCCAGCCAGGAUGGGGUAGUGAUCCUCCGCCCUGAGGAGCAGCUGCAGCAUAUUAUCUCUCUCGGCCACGCCCACAUCACCGUCACAGACGACAGCAUCUACUGGGACGACCCAGAUGAGUGUGACUCCCCCGCCCUGAACAAGUGCAGCUCCAACUCCGUCUGCAUCAACACCCUGGACUCAUUCACCUGCGUGUGUGAGCCGGGGUACUACAGCCUGAGCCCCAUCCUCAGCCCUGCCUGCCACGAGAAGGGGAUGUUCACGCUAUGCCUGAAGGACCAUGUAUCUGGGGGCAUCUCCAAGCCUUUCCUCAUCCACUACUUUGGCGGGAAUGUGACUGUUGUCCUCAAUGAUGGUCGCUGCUCCAUCAACGAGACGGACAAGUUUUAUUAUUACAGGAUAACUGGCGCCCCCUCCCAGUGUGGAGGCCAAACGCUUGUGAGUACCGGCACCAGAUCCAGGUCAUGUACACAGCUGGUGCAUUCUGGGAAUGCACACCAUCACAAAACUGAUUCACUAAACCUGGCAUAGCAAGCUGCAAGUGCU